UGCGAACGCGACCAAGUGCCAAUUUUCGGACUCUUCUGGUCAGUCGGGUCUUCAGAAUGAACGCGCUGAUAGCUUCGACGAGCGGAGCGGCGGCAUCAGCCCCAACACAGCCCAAGGCUCGACGACCGCACCGGCCUCGCAAAGACUACACCAAUUUGGACACGGUAUUUGACUCGCUCGACGACCUCAAAACCGCCCUACGCCACUACAUGGACAAUGCCACCGUCCCCGACGCCCUCCCGCAGUACAUCUCGUGUGCUAUGACCUUGUCGACCCAUGCCGCCCUACCUCUCAAAUCUCUCGCCGAACUACCUAGCCCUCGCCGCCAGCCCAGCUACGUGCCUUUCGAUGGGUUUGGCGACGAGCUAGGCCUCGCCGGGCAAGAUCUCGGCCCUGUUGCCCACGACCAGCAUGACCAAGAGCAGCAGUUGGCGUACAAGACUGUGUUUGAGCUAGUCAACAUCGAUAAUCUCAAGCAGCGGCAGACGUGGCAGCGCGCUGCAGCAAAAGGUAUCGUCCAGCAGAUCCAGGACCUCGAUGGCUUCAAGUACUGCUUCAACAACAACUGGUCUAGCAAGGACGACAACGGCUACCGCUACUCGUACACUUGUCUCGACUCGCUGGAGAACAAGGACAGGCAUGCCAACGGCUUCCGCGCUACCAACGCCGCGACUCGUCGCCCUGGCGCAAACACCCGUGGUGUCCGAAAGCCCACCUACGACUGCAAGGGCCAAAUUGCUGUCAAGUUUUCUGCUCUCCGCCAGUCCGUCGAAGUUGUCUACAAGCACCACGCCAUCCACAAAACAGUCGCCGAAAGACGUCCACCUCCGCGCAAAGACGCGAAACGAAGGUCCAUAACACAGCAAUCCUCAGCGACCACACCUGACACAAGCCUGCUUGCCCUCGCAGAUCAGGAUGCUCACGAAAGCUCGUUCGUCCUUGAUGACAUUGACCACUCUGUCUUCCAGUCUUAUGCCAACGCUGUAGAGCUUCCCGUCGCGCCAAAACCAAUUCGAAGGAUCAAGGACCUUAGUGUACGGCCGCAGCCUAAGCGUCAGAAGAUACAGUCUGCUCCACCGGCAGAGCAGCCUGAGCGCCCUCUGUCCCUGGUCGAGAUCCUCCAGCAAUCUAUGACUCCAUCUGACACUGGCCCUGCGGCUCGCGAACAUCAUGCCCGUUCGUCACCAUCACCUCCUCCAGCAGCCUCCCUUUGGCAUACACCGUCCGCAGCAGCUGUCUCUAGCUCGUUCAACGCUAUGUCCAGCCACUAUCCCUCUCGCCCGAGCUUCACCUCCGGUCACCAACAAUUGCAACCACCGGAUGUUGGACGUUUCUCCAAGCUUGCGGUUCCGUGUUUCAAGUGCAAGGCCGCACACAGCCAGUGUGAUGGUGUGCAGCCAGUCUGUAAUUCCUGCCAGCUGCGGGGAACUGUUUGUAAUUAUCCUUCUGUUCUGAGGUUUGACAAGGCACCUGUUCCAGACUCACGCUGGAUCCAAGGUACGUCGCCGCCUGCUCUAGAAGUAGUCGGCCGCUGACAGAAACCAAGUUCAACCUACACAGAAUGGACGUGGUGUGUUUCGCGUGAGCCAA